UUCCCAAAGAGACAAAGCUUGGGACUUUGAAAUGUCAAAUGUGGACUAGUCGUCGAUAUACUCUUUCCCGAGACCAAAACAGUAGCAUGUGAAGAGUGAAGUGUUGCGAUUCUACAGCAAACUCACCAAAAGAGGAAAGCAACCCCCAAACUCAUUCCUCUUCUCUUCUCUUCGGAUGAUCCGGGCAUUGCUCUUUGGUACUAGAAGAAAUAUUUGAGUGCAAUUUUGGCAAAUAGUCAAUUAUGUUUCUCAGUCUCUUAUAAAUAGUAAGGUUACCUUAGUUUGGACGUUUUUAGUUUGCUGCAAUGGCUACGUGUUUGUCACCUUAUUUUACACCUCCUGAUACUCGAAGUGCAACUGGGGUUCUAACUGUUCAUGGAGGGAGACUUUCUGUGGAUGGACAAUAUGGAAGAGCAAGCUUUUUGAAGGUGUUUGAUGACAAGAAUGGGAUCUUAGGUUCUAUCCGAACCCAAAAGAAUACUUUUUACUCUUCUCGGUUUAAAUGCUCGGCUGAUUCCCACAGUGUCAGCCAAUAUCGUAGUAAGGAUCCAUUUCUGGAUCUGCAUCCCGAAAUUUCAAUGCUUAGAGGUGAGGGGAUUAACAUGGUGACUAAUCAAAGAGAUGAUGAUCCAAGUGCAAGUGUCGCUGAAAGCUUGAGAGAUUCAUCGAGUGUGAGUAACUGCAAUGAAGCCAAGGUCAAAGUAAUUGGUGUUGGAGGUGGUGGAUCAAAUGCGGUUAAUCGCAUGAUAGAAAGUGCAAUGAAGGGCGUCGAGUUUUGGAUUGUUAAUACAGAUGCUCAGUCCAUGAGGAUGUCGCCUGCACUUCCAAGGCAUCGGUUGCAAAUAGGUCAACAACUUACCAGAGGACUUGGUGCUGGUGGGAACCCAGAUAUUGGAAUGAAUGCUGCCAAGGAAAGCAAAGAAUCAAUAGAAGAGGCAGUUUUUGGUGCAGACAUGGUCUUUGUGACUGCUGGAAUGGGUGGAGGAACUGGCACUGGAGGGGCACCUGUAAUUGCGGGAAUUGCAAAAUCAAUGGGUAUCUUAACUGUCAGUAUCGUCACAACUCCUUUUUCAUUUGAAGGACGAAGGAGGACAGUUCAAGCCCAAGAAGGGAUUGCAGCUCUGAGGGAAAAUGUUGACACACUAAUUGUCAUUCCAAACGAUAAGUUAUUGACUGCAGUUUCCCCUUCUACCCCAGUAACAGAAGCAUUUAUCCUGGCUGAUGAUAUUCUUCAGCAAGGUGUUCGUGGUAUAUCUGAUAUAAUUACGAUCCCAGGGCUGGUGAACGUGGAUUUUGCUGAUGUGAGAGCUAUUAUGGCAAAUGCAGGUUCUUCACUAAUGGGAAUUGGAACUGCAACUGGGAAAACUAGAGCAAGAGAUGCUGCACUAAAUGCCAUCCAAUCACCCUUGUUAGAUAUUGGCAUAGAGAGGGCUACUGGAAUUGUGUGGAAUAUCACUGGUGGUAGCGAUUUAACUUUGUUCGAGGUUAAUGCUGCAGCAGAGGUUAUCUAUGAUCUUGUGGAUCCGAGUGCCAACUUAAUAUUUGGUGCGGUAUUAGAUCCAACUCUCAGUGGUCAGGUCAGUAUCACUCUAAUUGCCACUGGAUUCAAACGCCAAGAAGAAAGCGAUGGGAGCCCCCUACAGGCCAGUCAGCUAGCACAGGGGGUCAUCGCGGGUUCAGUUGAGAUCCCUGAGUUCCUGAGGAAGAAAGGCCACUCGCGCUAUCCAAGAGCUUAAAUCUACUCUCAUACUUGCCCCCUAUGUACCUCUUCCAAUCUCAGCUUCUUGAUUUCAAUUUUUCUGGAACCUAGGCAUAUUCUUGUGGGUAGAUAAGUUUCCAUUUUGCUAUCAAAUGACUUUAGCUCCCGGGGAACAUACUGCAUACUACAUACUGCAUACUGCUUCUUCCCCUAAUAAAACACAGUUUGUUUUUAGGUUCCAACUUUGAGUUUUCUGUUUUCGUUUUCAUUUGGUAUUUGGAAACAAAAUUACACAACUGCUUGCUUCUUUUCUUGUUUGGUUUUUAAUUUCAUGGGGGUUACCUUCAUCUGC